AGAAGCCACAGUGACGACAAGAUCAACAGGAAGUGCCAACCAGCUUUGUUUAUCAACUUCUCGCUCGCUCGCGUUCACUUUUUAAUUUUUGAAGUCUGUAAAGUUAUUUAUGCGUUUUAUGACAUGACUCCGGCGAAAAGAAAAUUAAAUAUGAUUGCGCGCUGACUUUAUAAUGGACGUGAUCGCAAGGGGCUCUUGAAUGUGAAUGUGAUUUAUGUGGGAGCGGCGGAAAGCAUUGGAAGGAAUCAGCUGAUUAUUUGACUCGCUGAACACACAUGAUUCAUCUAGAUCUCUGUAGUGUUUAUUCCAGUCAUAUGCAUCUAAACCAAACCACAGCAGUAGAACUGCCAAGAACUUAACUCAGUUUUUAUCGGUAAAUGUCUCUGUAUCAAACCCAUUGGAGUGUAAUGUAAGAGGUUAACGUUAGUGUCAGUAGGAAAGAUGCCGUGCACAUGCGGGAACUGGAGGAGGUGGAUUCGGCCUCUCGUGGUGCUGCUGUACAUUCUGCUCCUUCUGGUUGUCCUUCCACUCUGUAUAUGGGAACUUCAAAAAUCAGGGGUUAGUAUUCAAAAUAAGGCGUGGUUCAUUGCUGGGUUAUUUGUGUUCAUGACUAUACCCAUCUCACUGUGGGGGAUACUGCAGCAUCUAGUACACUACACCCAACCUGAGCUACAAAAACCCAUUAUCAGAAUAUUAUGGAUGGUUCCUAUAUACAGCUUGGAUAGUUGGAUUGCGUUGAAGUAUCCCAGCAUUGCCAUCUAUGUAGACACAUGUAGAGAGUGCUAUGAGGCCUAUGUUAUCUACAACUUUAUGAUCUUCCUUCUCAACUAUCUGGGGAACCAGUAUCCCAGUCUGGUGCUGAUGCUGGAGGUGCAGGAGCAACAAAAGCAUCUCCCUCCCCUUUGCUGCUGCCCUCCGUGGCCCAUGGGAGAAGUGCUUUUGCUGAGAUGCAAACUGGGUGUUCUGCAGUACACAGUUGUGAGACCUGUCACCACAGUCAUUGCUUUGAUUUGUCAGCUUUGUGGUGUCUAUGAUGAAGGCAACUUCAGUUCGAAAAAUGCCUGGACAUAUCUGGUUAUUGUCAACAAUCUCUCUCAGCUUUUUGCCAUGUACUGUCUUGUGCUGUUCUACAAGGCUCUGAGAGAAGAGCUGAGUCCCAUCAAACCUGUGGGCAAAUUCCUCUGUGUCAAGCUGGUGGUUUUUGUGUCAUUCUGGCAAGCUGUGGUCAUUGCACUUUUAGUGAAGGUUGGUGUGAUCUCAGAAUCUCACACCUGGGAGUGGGACAGCGUGGAGGCUGUAGCCACCGGAUUGCAGGACUUCAUCAUCUGUGUGGAAAUGUUUUUGGCAGCCAUUGCCCAUCACUUCAGCUUCACUUACAAACCCUACAUACAGGAAGCAGAGGAAGGUUCCUGCUUUGAUUCCUUCCUGGCCAUGUGGGAUAUCUCAGACAUACGGGCUGACAUCUCAGAACAAGUGCGCAAUGUCGGGAGAACUGUCAUGGGUCGGCCAAGGAAAACAUAUUUCGGAGAAGAGGCUUGCCAGGACGAGAACACAGGACUGCUGUCAGCUGGAGCUCAGGAACCAGUUGAAUCGUCUUCCACCCCACCAUCCCCCAAGGGCCGUUACCAGGGAAUGGGCCACACCGUAACCCCCCACUCCAUCUCUGCUCCUGCAAACCUUGGCUGCGUACCAUGGGAUGGAGAUGUGGAUGACAUCCCACCAACUGUGAUAUCUAGCGAUUGCACAGACCAACAGGGCUCAGACUAUCCGGCGAUUACUUAGCAUCAAUGAGCUUCAGCUACCAAAGCUUUUAUAUUUAAAGCACAUAAAUCAAUCUAGCUACCAUUUAGAAUAUAUGCAGCCACCGUUAACUCUGGUAACUAUUGGAUAUCUGUGGCUAAUAUGUGUUCAGAGAGGCUCGGUGAAGCUUUGGUAGCAAGAACACAUAUGAAGGACUUGGGCAGUGUUGGUCCUCUGUUUUUAUCUCUGUUUUGCAUUAUUUUGCCAGAAACAUGACCAAAUUAUAAACUGACCUUAAAGUCGAGCACAGUAAUUCCCCAAUGCCAGUUUUAAAAUUUCAUAUAAUCAGUUAAUGGUUCUUUUAAGACAGCUUUAUGAAUGUUUACUCUAAGAAACACUAUGUAUUGAUAAUGCUACUUCACAAUUCCGUUGACGUUCUCCUGAAUUUUGUUAGCAAGUCAUUUUAACACCUUUUUUUAUCAUUAGUGUUAGUUUCAGUUUUAUCUGUUGAUGCAAUUAUUUUUUUUUUUUUUUUUUGAGGAGCAUUUCUUGAUCAUGGACAGUAAUAUGAAAUUGCCAGGAUGCCAUUGAGAUUUGAAACACUUUGUCUCAGAAUAUAUGCAUGUGUAAAAGCAACUACAGUUUGACUGUACAUUGGCUUUUAAGCACAAAGUACUGAAACACUCAUAUCUUUGCUCAGUUCGCUUCAGAGCAACUUUUCUUGAACUGCUUGCCUUCUGAACAGCUUCAUGCAGUUGCAUCAAAACAAAAAUGCAUAUGUCGUUUUUUCUCUUUUGUCCUUGUCAAAAAUUAUUUGUUUUCAAGUAAUUGCAUUUUUAUUUUUGGUUGUUUUAAUGGCUAGACAAAGAAAAUUAGGCUAUGUUACUUUUAACUAGUACUGAAAAUGUUGAAUAUUGAUUUUUUUUUUAAGUUCACCUCGGGGAAUGAUGCAAUGUUUAAAUAUCAGCCAAAGCUGUCUUAUUGCUAUUAAAGGGACAGUUCACCCAAAAAUGAAAAUUCUGUCAAAAUUUACUUUCCCUCAUGCAUGUCAAUCCAAACUUGUUUACCAUAUUUGAUGUACUCUAUGUACGUGCUUCAAUCAGUGUUUGUAUAAGAAUUAAGGCCUAAAUUAAAUUUAUUCAUCAUAUAAAGCUAUAGUGUCUCUUGGAGUCGUCAAAAGUACCGACUUUGGUACCAAGUCGGAACUUGAAUUUUAAAAAUGUGACGCUUUGAGCACUGUUGUAGCCAAUUACAGACAUAACCGAUGAGCGGGUGAACACAACGUGUCAAUUUGAGGUGUUUAUGAAUCUGCUCAACAGUGCUCAAAGUAUCACAUUUUAAAAUUUCAGUACCGACUGGUACCGAAGUCGGUACUUUUGACAACUCUAGUGUCUCUUCACAAGUCUUGGAUUAAACCGAUUGAAUGGAGAGUUUGAAAUGACAUGAGGGUGAGUAAUUGAUGACAGAAUUUUCAGUUUAGUGGUAAUCUUCCCUUUAAGAAAUUGUCUUUUUCUUUUGUUAAUUUUGGGUUUCAGUUGUCUGUUAGUACACAGCAUUAGCUGCACAUGAGCUAUAAAUGUCAGAUAUAUAACGUAACAGCAUAUGCAGAUCGUUUUAUGAUUACAGAUGAGACCUGUGGGAAAUCCUAUUUAAUUGUUUUUAUGAACUGUCAUGUGUCUCUCUGUUCCAUUCAGAGAGAUGCACCUUCCGCAAUGGUUUGUACUGCUGUUGCAUUGCCUUAUCUAACAGUGGUUGUCACAAAUAAUUAAACUUCACAUGGAAUUCA